AAUAGUGGAGGUAAUAAACACUCUCAAAUAUACGGUUUAUUGCCCGGGAAAGAUGUCAGUUCUAGGUUAUGUACUGCAAAUGCAAGAAGUUGCGCAACGAGCUCCGGUCGACGAGGAACAGGCCGUACAGUUCGUGAUCGACGGGCUAAAGGACGAUUCCGCUGACAUUGCUAUAUUCUAUCCGGCCAGAACUUUUGGCGAACUUGUGAAGCUGUCACACCGUUACGAAGAAAAGCGUAAAAAACGUUGGAGAGCAUCGCAGUCAGCAAAGAAGCUGAUGGGACACAAUAGCAUUCCUGCCAGCAGUGGAACUGAACACAUCGCUAAGGCGUGUACAAAGCCCAAGAGGAUGAAGGGCUCCUGUUUCCGUUGCGGCUCCAUGGACCAUGCUAUCAAAAACUGCAAGGUCCCACCACCUUCAGGGAAUAACGAAGUGGCAGUAAUAAAUACGCGCAAUUAGUUUAAUACGUCAUUCCGCAUUACCACUCAAAUUAAGAGAAAACAGUUUCAAGGAAACGGACUUUAAAGGAUUGGGAAAUUUUCGGUUAUGCCCGUUUGGGAAGAUCUGGAUAUUU